GGUUCACUCACAAUGACACGAUUCUGAUAUGCUCAGCAAAUAGGAUUAGUCUAAUAGUAGUAUCUUAAUGUGCAACUAGGUUGGCAUAUAGUAUGUUGAUAAUGCAAGCGUAUCAGGGGAGACGGGAGUACCAGGAACCUUUGUAUAGUGGCUUCUGGUGUAUGGGUUUUGUGUGUGAUUUGGUGUACGGGUGUAUAAUUUCUUUUUUGGGUGCGUGUAUAUGUGCGGCACACGACCCAGAUAAGCUGGUUGUUGCACUACCCAUCGCCACCUACCUAGGAGGGGGAACAAACACCCGGACACCGGCUCUUCAAACAGCAUCCAACAGCACGGUUCAACAGGUUAGGGAAAUGACUACAGACGACUGGAGAAAGGACAACUGGAGGAGUUGCAAUCUCUGUCAUAACCGCAUACCGUGCACCAAGGUGUUUCAAUCUUGUAUUGAGGUUAUCAUAUUCUCAUGAGACCGUAAUGUCUUUGUUUACUAAUAGUCCGCAUUUUACGCUACGGACUACGAGGAGGCCCAUUUACAUGGUCGUAGGCCCAUAUAGCGUGGUUACAUGCUGCUGUUGGUGCUGGUAUGGGCAGUAGGUAUUGUUUCGGCGGUGGCAUCGUAGUUGGGAUUGGGGUUGCGUUGUUGAUAAUUGUCAUAUUUUCAUAAUCUUCUUUUCUUUUUCUCGCUUUCACAUAUUUUUAAUUUGUAAAGUUUUUCUGUCUUUUCUUUUUUGAUUAACAGCGC